CGGGGUGCUGAACUCUUUGACAUGUGAAAACGGGUUUCCUAGACGUGCAAAGUGUUGAAGUACAUACAGAGCAAAGCACUUGUACCUGAAGGACAGAAACGCGUGAAACAUCUCGGUUUGUCCCCUGCAGGGCAGGCCGCCGCAGCGGGCGCGCACCCCGAAGAGGGACUGUGGGCAAUGUGGUCGUGGGCCUGGCUACGGACGACUCCUCUCGGACCCCCGGCCCCGGCCCCGCCUGCCUGGCACCCGCACUCCCGGGCAUCAGCUGCGCACAGCAAGACAUCUCCGGGGAGCGCCCCUCUGAGCAAACAGAUCAGGAGGGGCAGCGAGGGAAAGACACACUCUGGUUAAUGACAGAGGUAUUGAACACCUGUGAGCCUGCGAUGGAGGACUUCAGCGUGGGCGCAGCCUCAGAGGAGCAGGGCAUCUCCUUCCAGAUUUUCCCAGAUUCCCACGAGAGGUAUCCCAAGCUGUCCAAGAGGCUGCCGUCCAUCGUGGUGGAGCCAUCGGAGAGCGGGGAGGUGGAGAGCGGGGAGCUGCGCUGGCCCCCCGAUGACCUGAGCACCACGGACCCCGUCGCGGAGGCCCCGCUGGGCCAGCCCCCUGCGCCCCAUCCCACAGCAGGUGACGACGCCUCGCGGGGCACCCAGGAAGACAGCGCUGUGGCGGACAGCCCAGUGGAGGGAGGCUCUAACUGAAGCGCAGCGCCCCGCCAGCUCCAGCUCUCACUGUGAAUGUCUCCAGGCAGACAGGAGCCAUGAGGACCGACAGGGGGCAGCCUGAACACUAGGCCCAGACACCUGCGGGACGGCCCUUGUUCUUCAUGGUUGGGCACAGCCCUGUAAACUGUCUUAAAUAGCUCACAUGUGCCAAACUGUGGUGGUAGCUACAGUACUGUGUAUAAAUGUCUAGUUGACUUCCUUCAAACCUUGUCCAAAUUAGAAGCAUUAACUUUAGUCACUUAAAACUACAAACAUCUUUUUUGUUGCCGCCUUCCGGAGCAUCCUUUUAUGUCUUAAAUUUUUUCUUUCAAUCUCUAACGUUUUUGCUGUUCUUUGUUAAAAUUAGCCUCUUGUCAGGUCCACACUCCUAACACUCUAGGUGCUCCUUCCUUGCUCUGUACAGAAACCGCUCAAGUCUUUCAGAUGUUGGUGUAUUGGCUGCCCUUUCAUUUUUCUUUGCAGAUAUCUGGCAGGAGCACUCCAUUACGCUUUGUGUAAAUCGAAUGUUGGAAACGCAGUAUUUAAGUAUUUGUUUCAUCUCUUUCAUCAUUUUUUUUUUCCAGAUGCAUUCCAGGGUUUGGUGAUUGUAGGUGGGGGAGUUCUCUGAUCAUUAAAAUACACACAGAGGCAGAGGAAAAAAAAAAUCUUCCCCUUUAAUUUCAAGUUGGCUGUCCGUGGAUGUUAAGGCACAUUUGUGUGUUUUGCAUUGACCACAUUAAUGCCUCAGAUGGAAAAAUCGUGGCGUGUGUCUCCAUGGAUCUGACGAAAUUGUGUUUUUUUUUUCCCACAAGGGGUAUUUUAAGUCCUGAGGUCCAUGGGAGGGAGCACAUGCAAAAAAAAAAAACUCUUUGGAAGAGAUGGGACUCUCUGGAUGAAAAAACACAGCUGGCACUGGCUGUUUUAACUGUGUAGAUAUUAACUUUUUAUGAAAACUUUAUAGAUUGGCUUCACAAGCUUUUUAAAAAAAGCUGUCACGCAAGAACAUUCCAUUUGCAGUACAUACAGUUGUGUGAUUUUUCUAAGUAGUCUGCACGAUAAACACCUUAUUCGCUCCAUAGUGCAAGUCUGUGCGCAAUCUUUAAGGCUGUGGAGGUCGGAUGGGGAUUGUGAUCACAAAAGCACAAUGACUGUUCUCUGCCCUUGUGCUAAACCUCGAACUGUGCCUUCUGUCCCAGCUGGUAGCCUAGCUUGGUGUAGGGAGUCUCAGAGGGCAGUAACGUCCACAAAAAAACGACAUAAAUAUCAGUUGUUAUUUGUAUAACAAUGACCAAUGUGCGUAUAGUAAUAAUUCACUUGAAGAUUCUAUUUUAUGUAGUACAAACACGUUUUUCUUUGUUGCUGAACUGUAUAAAGGAAAUUUUAAGUUUGUAUUAAUGAUAAAACUGCAUUGACCGAUUUUAAUUGUAUAAACACCUUUCCUGAAUAUCUGGAUAUGUUGCUGAAACCAACAGUUAGAACAACUUUAUAAUAAAUUCUAGUGUUGAACAGGA